CAUACAAUCGACGACGAAACCCUUGAAUGUCGACGACGGCAGAUAGACCAGAUACGAACCUCUACACUUCCCUCGUUCAACGACGUAUCGGCAGCACACCUCGGAUCAUACGUCACCUCCUCGUCUUCUCAGCUUUCAUCCUCCUUCUCCUCGGUUUCAGCGCCUAUACCAACCUCGUCACCCCGGACGAACAGUCUAUGCGAGUUUGCGUACCACUAGAUCUUACUAGGAUCAGUCACGCUAGCCAUCGAGCCUUUUCUUGCUUGAAGAAUCCGUCUGUCGAUUCGGCCAUCGCCAUGGGUGUAAAGACUCCUUUCGCGAACGCUACAGAGGCUGGGUUCGAGCCAGGCAAGCUCGCAGAGUUCUUGUUGGAGCAAAAGGAGACGUUUUUGGAGGACUUGCGACGGGGGAGGAGAGGGAACUGGACUAUUGCGAUGGGAAACGAAGCUGGAGACACCGACUCGCUAGCCUCCUCCAUCGCCUAUGCCACCCUCAACUCGAAACUCGCCAACAAACGAUCCAUCCCCCUCAUCCUCACCCCUUCUUCCCUGGUCAACCUUCGUCCGGAAAACCAGCUCGCCCUCUCCCUCGCUCAGGUCCCGGAAUCCUGCUUGAUGUACAUCGACCAGCUUCCUCUCCCUACCGCCGAGCUCGCGGUCAUGGAUUUCAAAUUCGCACUUGUCGACCACAACUCGUUGUUGGCUCAGUUUCACCCUCAUCCAGAAGUUGCCGGGACGGACGACCCGGUGGAAGCUAUCAUCGAUCAUCACGCCGACGAUCAGAUGCACAAAGGUGCUUCUCCGAGAAUCAUCCAGGUUCCUACCGGGUCGACCUCGUCGUUGGUGGCCAUGCACUUUGCAUCCAAGUGGGAAGCCGUCCUGGACAAGGACCAAGCCGAGGAAGGUAGCGUGCCGAAAGAACUCGCCAGCUUGCUCUUUACCGCCGCGUUGAUCGAUACCGGUGGGCUCAAACCGGGUGAGGGUAGCAAGACGACCGAGACCGACAGGCAAGCUGGAGAGUUCCUCUGGAAGAUCGCGGGGAAAGACCUUUCUGAGCUUUUCCCCGACUCGUCGGCCCUCUCUGGUUCGACCUCGACCGUGGAGGUCUCGGCCGAAUCGCUGAAUCAAGGCUCGAUCCCUACGUCCCUGAAGGGUCUUACGGACGAGCUUUUCGCAGCCAAAUUUGAUGUGACGGGAUUAUCGUCCCGCGAACUCCUCAUGAGGGAUUACAAGGAAUACAGUCUCCCCACUUCGCUCGACAACAAAGAAGUCAAGGUCGGUCUCAGCACCGUACCUCUCGGGCUGGGGAACUGGUUGUCCCGCGAACGAGGCCAAGAUCAAGGGUGGGAAGGUCUGCUCGAAGCCGUCGACGACUGGAUGUUGGAGAGAGGACUCGAUGUAUCGGGGGUAUUGACGACUUUUAGGGAGGCAGCUACGGAAGAACGUGAAAAGGGCAAGGGGAGACGAGAGAUCUUGCUCAUAGUCAGGACUUCGGACGACUCGGUGCUCUCCUCCGCUGAAGCUGAACGACUGUUCAAGACUCUCCAGAAGGGGAUGAUCGAUGCGGAAGAGGUCCUCGAGUUGAAAUCUUGGCCGGGGAAAAAGGCGGGUGCGACUUUGCGAAAAGAGUUGAAAGACCUCAGUCUGGUCAGGGGGGAUGGAGAGGCUGGGAAGAGCAAGGUCAACCGAUGGGGUGAUGUUUGGAGACAGGGGAACACGAGUUCGACCAGAAAGCAGGUUCAGCCUUUGAUGAAAGACAUCAUCGGUGGAUUCGCUUAGAGUUGCAGUAUCGUUGGCGUCUAAUUUCGGGUCCGGGGUCAUGCAAUAUCCAUGUAUCGAUACAACCAGAUUUAAUCGCAUAGAGUCUAU